CUCCUAUCUUUGUCACUGAAUUACGGAGCAAGGUGCCGCCACCAAUCCAUACACUAGUUACUAUUGGUUGUCUUCUCCGUCGAUUCAGUCCUUUAUUUUAACUUCUCCCCACGGUACUGCUUUUCCAUCGAUCUUUCUCAUAUGUUAUCUUGGCUUGUAAGCAAAUUUUCUUUUUUUUUCUUCUUUUUCCUAAGAAAAACAAAAUGGGAAAACUGGAAGAAAAUACAAACCCAAUGGAAUAUAUAAAUACCCUGAUAAUGGGGACCCGAGCCCUUGGAUAGUGCGCCUCACUUCAACCAAUUUCUUGCUUUGUAGAAAGCCCCAUCUGUUUCAAUUCAAAAAAAAAAAAAAAUGGCUAUCAUCUGGUACAGGGUAGGCUUUAUCUUGCUAAGCUUUGCAGUGCUAGUGGCGCACUCUGCUCCUCAAAAUGCUCUCGUGAGUCAGCUUCCCGGCUACUCUGGCUCUUUCCCUUCCAAGCACUACUCCGGGUAUGUGACGAUUAAUGAAGCGACAGGGAAGAAAUUGUUCUACUAUUUGGUCGAAUCGGAAGGGAACCCAUCAAAGGAUCCUCUGGUUCUUUGGCUCAAUGGUGGCCCUGGAUGCUCCAGCUUCGAUGGAUUUGUGUAUGAACAUGGUCCUUUCAAUUUCGAAAAGACAAAGCAAGGUCUACCCAAGUUGCAUCUGAACCCAUACAGUUGGUCCAAGGUUUCAAGUGUUCUCUACGUGGACUCUCCAGCUGGUGUUGGACUUUCUUAUGCCGAUGACACAUCAGAAUACAUAACUGGUGAUCUAAAGACUGCAACAGACUCACAUGACUUUGUCUUGAAGAUCAUAAUUCUGUUUCUGUGCUAUGGCAUCGUAAAUGUGCUAAUUUCUGCAACACAGUGGUUUGAGCUAUAUCCGGAAUUCCUUUCAAACCCUUUUUUCAUUGCUGGAGAGUCAUAUGCUGGAGUUUACGUCCCUACUCUUGCCAAUGAAGUUGCAAAAGGAAUUGAUGCUGGUGUGAAGCCUGUUAUCAAUCUGAAGGGUUAUAUGGUUGGAAAUGGAGUCACCGAUGAAGCAUUUGAUGGCAAUGCACUUGUUCCGUUUGCUCAUGGGAUGGGCCUUAUCUCAGAUGACCUUUAUCAGGAGACUACCCGAGAGUGCAAUGGAAAUUUCUAUAAUCCACUCGAGAGAUCUUGUGAGGAGAAACUGCAAGAAGUUGAUAGGGAAGUUGACGGUCUAAACAUAUACGACAUCCUAGAACCGUGCUAUCAUGACAGCGCUGCUAAAGAUGCAACAGAUAUCAAAAUCAGACUGCCCUCCAGUUUCUUGGAAUUAGGUGCAACAGAACGGCCUCUCCCUGUCCGGACAAGGCUGUUUGGCCGUGCUUGGCCACUUCGUGCUAAUGUUAGAGAAGGAAUUGUUCCAACUUGGCCAGAGCUCCUUAGCAGCAGUGACGUCCCUUGCACUGAUGAUGAAGUUGCUACUGAAUGGCUCAACAACGAAGCAGUUAGGGCAGCAAUCAAUGCUGAACCAAAAAAUGUAUCUGGGGAUUGGGAGCUGUGUACUAAUAGAAUCCGUUUCAGCCAUGACGCUGGCAGCAUGAUGAAAUACCACAGGAACCUGACGAUGAAAGGAUAUAGGGCACUCAUUUUCAGUGGGGAUCACGACAUGUGUGUUCCGUUCACUGGGAGUGAAGCAUGGACGAGAGCAAUGGGAUACAAGAUCGUCGACAAAUGGAGACCUUGGAUUUCAAAUGGAGAAGUUGCUGGGUACACUCAAGGAUAUGAGAACAACCUCACCUUCUUAACCAUCAAGGGCGCUGGUCAUACUGUUCCAGAAUACAAACCAACAGAAGCACUUAACUUCUACAGCCGGUUUCUUGCUGGAAAAGCAAUAUGAUACAGGAAAGAAAGAUCCGUAGAAAUGCUUCCACGUUUAUGUUUAUGUUUAUGGGGGGCUUUCAUGUGGAUGUGCGGGAAGGCAAAUAGAAGGCAGUCGGUUUGCUGCUGCUGAUUCUUUGGCCCCCUGUGUUUAAAACUGUAACAUUAUUAUGACUAUCAAAUAAGAAAUAGCGUUGACUACGCUACCGUUAUUUAAGACAGUAAGCAGAAAUGAAAACAGAACUUCACCAACUUCUCAAGAGAU